GACAAAAAGGGGAAACUAAGUUAGAGAGAUCGGUAAAAAUGUCGGGAGCACAAGGAGCAGAGCCGAUGGGUUCAAGAACGGCGACAACGUAUGAGUCAGUGGAAGGAGGACAGAACAAGACGAAGCUUGAUAUAAAGUCAAAGGAAGACGAAGGUGGGAUUCAAGUCGACAAGAUUCAAGACAAGGUCUCUGAUGCUGCGGGUCUUGGCGGACCUGUCUUUGGUGCUGGUAAAGAUGACAAGAAGCAGGACCUUGGUGUUACCGGUACCGGCUAGAUCUCUGUAAAAUAUGUGCAUAUAUGUUCCUUUCAUGUAAUGAUAAAGACAUGUUUUAAGUAAAAACUAAUCAAUAAAAGUCUUCUUGCGAAAACUAA